GCUAUGUUGCUCCUACAAACCACAUGUCACGGCCUUCUUGACUGAAUUCGGCCCUGACGCGUGAGUCCCGAAAUUGGCCUUUUGCCUGCGUUCCUGAGUCCCCAUACCUCUCUUGUUAUUCCGACGAUGCUCAAUUGAAUCAUGAAUCUGGGGUGAUUCAAUACAUUUGCCCUGUUUCUCCUUUUGUCGCCCAGUCUUCCACCUAGCUCCGUCUCCGGCACAUACCGCUUGUCCUCUAUACGAUCCGAACUUCAACUCUCUGCCACCUCCAAAAGACCAUUACCGCCUUUUAUGUGUAGACGAUCUUAAGCCUCAGCAGCUUCCGUGCUAGCGCUUCUGACCCCAUUGCUCUCAUACAACUGUCAGCAUGACUUUUAACAACCACGCCGCUUACAGUCCGACCACGAUGUCAUCCUCAACUGGACCUUCUGGCCUGCCAAACAGCCUCCUCUCGACAUCUAUAUCCUCUCUAGCUUCUUCUACAUCCUCACGGCAUCCUUCCCAAAUUUCGAAGACCUAUCGACAGGCUUCUACUUUAUUCCUCACGCGUCGUUUGCCUGAAGCUCUGACGACAUUACUCCCGUUGAUUACUCCACCCGAACAUGUUGACGACGGCGAACCUGCGCCAGUUGCCCGAGCAUCAAGAACGACUCGCAUUAAGGUCUGGAGCCUGUAUCUUACUAUCCUCAACGGCAUUGUCGAGUUAGAACCCGAGGAGGGCAAGGAUGCUUUUGGAAACCAAGAAUGGAGAGCCUUGUGUACCAAAGUUCGCGAAGGAGAAAUAUGGGAUGAGGUAGUCACGAACGGCUACCAUGGAGUGGAGGGCGAUGUUGACUCCGACGUGGUCAUCAACCUCGCGACAAUAUUGUUGGCACAUGCCCGUGACCAGAAGCUUAACCAGCACAAACUCGAGGCUUAUCUGGCCGCCUCCAACACACCAAAUCUUGAUGUCGCCGGGCGGCUCGCUGAAUCAACGAGCUCGCCCAUGUCGAAUCGAUAUCGGUCUCCUGCGAAGGGGGCGAGUGGCGCCAACACGCCUAGAGAUCUAAAUGCUCGUGUCAAGAUUCUGGAGUUAUACACCCUCCAUGUGCUCUUGCGCAAUAACGAAUGGGACUAUGCUCGUGAAUUCAUCAGCGUCAGCUCAGUCCUAGACGAAGAGCGCCGCGAAGCCUUCCUGCAGGCAUUGCAAAGCCUCCACGAUGAACAGCAAGAACAAGAAAGACUUGAGAAUGAGGAGCGCCAACGACAAGAGAAUGAGCUGAAGAGAGAAAUUGAGGAGGCGAAGAGACUGCGCGCCGAGAAUGAAGAGAAGGAAAGAAAGCGGAUAGAAGAGGAGCGUCUGAAGCGCGAAGGGAGCGAGGUUGAUUACGGGAUUGACGAUACAGCUAGCCAUACUGGGUCAACUCGACCUCGGAAGGCCAGAGCUCCAUCAUCUUCGUCGUCGAGGCAGUCAAGGCCUCGAGGGACGAAUCAAGCAGGACCCAAGGCAAAUGGCAAAGCAGUCUCGCAGGCCCCAACUCUUACGUCACGCGCUUCUAUGGUUAUCGCACAACUGCGGACUAUUAUCGAGCAUUUGGGCUCCUCACUAAACUCGAACCCGAUGUUCUUAUUCAAGUUUCUGGCGUUUGUUAUGGGUUUGAUUCUUAUGUUGAGUAAUGCCAACAUUCGGGAGAGAGUGAAGAGAAUGCUUGCGGUCUUUUGGUCUAAGGUCAAGGGCACAGCUGGAAUGGGGGUGAAGGUCAGUUACAUUUAAUCAAUUCUUUCGAUUGUAUUAUUUAUUAGUAUCUCAUGUGUUACGAGGAGUCUCUGGGUAGAGCCUUUCUUUUCAGCCGUAGUGUAUUUCUCAGGGGCGAGUUCUGGCAAAUUUGAAUAAGGAACAAGCUGGUCAAUUGUAAUUACUAGAUAGCUGCCGCUCAAUCCAAAAACCGCGUUUUCAUAUUCCA